UAAUAUCCUUUUCUUACAUGUAAGGAAAAUAUAUUCGUGUAGAAAAGGGUAAAAAAUGUUAAAAAAAGAAGUAAACAUUCAGAAGAUAAGAACUAAAUAGGCCUUACAAUUGAUUUCAAAUAUCAGUUGAUGUUUAAGUAACUUUUCAUUCACAACUCGGUAAAAUAACGAUUUUUUUAAAAUAACAAAUUUUUCUCUUCACUUAUUUGCAUUUCAAUUUUCCAACAAAAUGGAUGAAAUAGAAAUAAAUGAAAUUGACGUAAAGGACAUACGAUUUCCAACAUCUUUAUUAUCCGAUGGCAGUGAUGCAAUGCACGUUGACCCCGAUUAUUCCUGUGUUUAUGUGACAAUAAAAACCAAUAAACAAUAUGAGGGUUACGGUUUGACUUUUACCUUGGGCAGAGGAACAGAAAUCGUGGUACAAGCAUGUGUGACUAUGUCAAAAAUUCUAAAAGGCGUAAAGACGAAAGAAAUUUACUCAAAUUUCGCCGUUUUUUGGAGGAAACUAACAAGUGAAAGUCAAAUAAGAUGGAUUGGCCCAGAAAAGGGCGUGACACAUUUAGCAACUGCAGCAAUAAUAAAUGCAUUAUGGGACUUAUGGGCACGAAUCGAGGAGAAACCUCUUUGGAAAUUAUUAACAGAUCUCUCGCCCGAAGAACUUGUUUCAACCAUCGACUUUAGAUACAUAACGGACGUAAUAACAAAAGAAGAGGCUUUGAAGAUUUUACGCGAAAAACAAGUGGACAAAGAGAAACGAGAGAAACUCUUGCUCAAAACUGGAUAUCCAGCGUAUACAACACAAGUUGGCUGGUUGGGCUAUUCAGAUGAAAAAGUUCGUGAAUUGUGUAAAAAAUAUUUGAAACAAGGUUUCACAUCAUUUAAAGCAAAAGUUGGUCAAAAUAUCGACGACGACAUUAGACGUUGUCGAGUGAUUAGAGAGGAAAUAGGAAAUAAAAAUAAACUCAUGGUGGACGCAAAUCAAGUUUGGGACGUUCAAGAGGCCAUUGAUUGGAUGAAGAAAUUGAGGGAAUUCAAUUUAACCUGGAUUGAAGAACCAACAUCGCCUGAUGAUAUUUUAGGACACGCGACAAUUGCCAAAGAACUUCGUCCCCUUGGAAUUGGCGUUGCAACUGGAGAAAUGUGCGCCAAUCGUGUUAUAUUUAAACAAUUAUUACAAGCAAAAGCCAUUGAUUAUUGUCAAAUUGAUUCAGCGAGAAUUGGAGGUGUCAAUGAAAUUCUUUCAGUUUAUUUGAUGGCCUACAAAAUGAACGUACCAGUCUGUCCCCAUGCGGGAGGCGUGGGCCUCUGUGAAAUGGUGCAACAUUUACAAUAUUGGGAUAUGAUUUGCUUAAGUGGAACAACAAAAGACAGAAUUAUCGAAUACGUCGAUCAACAGCACGAACACUUUGAAAAUCCAACAGUUAUCAAAAAUGCCCAUUACAUACCACCAAUGUCAAUGGGAUAUUCGACAAAAUUAAAAAAAGAGAGUAUAAUUAAUUUUGUUUACCCCCAUGGAAAAGAAUGGCAGCGAAUGUUUAAAAAGGGAAUUUUUCAGGCGCCAGAUAAUUAGGAUAAAUUAUCAAAAUCAUUACAUAAAUGUGUAUUUGUUAGUUUUAAAACUUUAAUAAAAUAUUCAACAUCAUAAAGAAA